UCUGCCAAAAUGGCGGCGCCCAUGGAGACAGGCCGGGUAGUGUUCGCCUGAGGUGGAAACCGAGGCGUAAGGAGCCGUAGGCCCAGAGCCUGUGAGCAGGGAGAGAAACCACCAGAAGAAUACGAGGAAAGCGUGUGAGCGGGCAGGGAACACGGCUUUGCUGAGUGGAAGGACAGGCCCAGGAGGGCUUCUGGGCGGCUCCCAGUGUGCUCUCUGCGCUCUUUCAGGCCUCCCACCUUCUGAAGAAUGGCUCCUGCUGGGCAGAGACUGGGUUUCUAUGUCUCCCUUCUGAAGAGGCAGCUAAAUGGUGGGCCCGACGUCAUCAGUUGCGGAAGGAGAGUGAUUCCAAGAUGUACCAGGGGAAUUUACAGUGCCACCGGACAGUGGACGCAAGAGUAUACGCUGCAGACAAGAAAGGAUGUCGAGAAAUGGUGGCAUCCACGAAUAAAAGAACAAGCCUCCAAGAUUUCUGAAGCCGAUAAAUCCAAGCCCAAGUUUUAUGUGCUCUCCAUGUUCCCUUAUCCUUCCGGCAAGCUGCACAUGGGCCACGUGCGUGUGUACACCAUCAGCGACACCAUCGCACGGUUCCAGAAGAUGAGAGGGAUGCAGGUCAUCAACCCCAUGGGAUGGGAUGCAUUUGGACUGCCUGCCGAAAAUGCCGCGAUUGAGAGGAAUCUCCAUCCAGAAAGUUGGACACAAAGUAAUAUUAAAUACAUGAGGAAGCAGCUCGAUCGCCUGGGCCUGUGUUUCAGCUGGGACAGGGAAAUAGCUACAUGUUUACCAGAUUACUACAAAUGGACUCAGUACCUCUUUAUUAAACUCUAUGACGCUGGGCUGGCCUAUCAGAAGGAGGCCUUGGUUAACUGGGACCCCGUGGAUCAAACAGUGCUUGCCAACGAGCAGGUGGAUGAGCAUGGCUGUUCCUGGCGCUCCGGGGCAAAGGUCGAACAGAAGUAUCUCAGGCAGUGGUUCAUCAAGACCACUGCUUACGCAAAGGCCAUGCAGGAUGCGCUGGCAGACCUUCCGGAGUGGUAUGGAAUCAAAGGCAUGCAGGCCCACUGGAUCGGGGACUGUGUGGGCUGCCAUCUGGACUUUGAGCUAAAGGUUGAUGGGCAGGUCACGGGAGAAAAGCUGACCGCCUACACGGCCACCCCCGAGGCCAUCUAUGGCGCAUCCCACGUUGCUGUCACCCCCAGCCACAGACUCCUACACGGGCACAGCUCUCUGAAGGAAGCCUUCCGGAAGGCACUGGUCCCUGGCAAAGAUUGCCUCACGCCCGUGACCGCUGUGAACAUGCUCACCCAGCAGGAGGUCCCCGUUGUCAUCUCGGCCAGAGCUGACUUUGAGGACUCUCUGGACUCAAAAAUAGGAAUUCCCAGCACCAGCUCAGAGGACACCAUCGUAGCCCAAACCCUGGGCCUGUCCUACUCCAAAGUCAUUGAAACUUUGCCAGACGGCACAGAGAGGCUGAGCGGCUCUGCUGAGUUCACAGGUAUGAACCGGCAGGAUGCGUUUCUCGCCCUGACUCAGAAAGCCCGCAGGAAGAGAGUGGGCGGAGAUGUGACGAGUGGUAAACUGAAGGACUGGCUGAUCUCCAGGCAGCGCUACUGGGGCACCCCCAUCCCCAUGGUGCACUGCCCGGCCUGUGGCCCCGUGCCCGUGCCUCUGGAGGACCUGCCCGUGACCUUGCCCCGCAUCACAUCUUUCACUGGCAAGGGCGGCUCCCCGCUGGCCACGGCCUCGGAGUGGGUGAACUGUCCCUGCCCUCGGUGCAGGGGAGCAGCCAGGAGAGAGACAGACACGAUGGAUACCUUUGUUGACUCCGCCUGGUACUACUUCAGAUACACGGACCCUCGGAACACUCACAGCCCUUUUGACACAGCAUUGGCAGACCACUGGCUGCCUGUGGAUUUGUACAUCGGAGGGAAAGAACACGCUGUCAUGCACUUGUUCUAUGCGAGAUUCUUUAGUCAUUUCUGCCAUGACCAAAAAAUGGUCAAACACAGAGAGCCUUUUCAUAAGCUGCUGGCCCAAGGCCUUAUUAAGGGGCAGACAUUCCGCCUACCAUCUGGUCAGUAUCUCCGGAGAGAGGAAAUAGAUCUCACAGGUUCUGUCCCUGUUCACGCACAAACAAAAGAGAAGCUGGAGGUGACGUGGGAGAAGAUGAGCAAGUCCAAGCACAACGGGGUGGACCCCGAGGAGGUGGUCGAGCAGUACGGCAUCGACACGGUCCGCCUGUACCUGCUCUUCGCCGCGCCUCCGGAGAAGGACCUCUUGUGGGAUGUCAAGACUGACGCGCUCCCCGGCGUGCUGAGAUGGCAGCAGCGUCUCUGGUCCUUGGCAACCCGAUUCAUCGAGGCCAGGGCUGCCGGGGAGGUUCCCAGGCCUCAGCUGCUGAGCAGCCAGGAGAAAGCCGAGGCCCGGAAGCUCUGGGAGUACAAGAACACGGUCAUCUCUCAGGUGACCGCCCACUUCACAGAGGACUUCUCCCUGAACUCCGCGAUUUCUCACCUGAUGGGACUCAGCAGUGCCCUCUUGCAAGCCCCGCAGAGAGUUCUUCUCCACAGCCCCGAGUUCGAGGACGCGCUGUGUGCCCUGAUGGUGAUGGCCGCGCCGAUGGCCCCUCACAUCACCUCCGAGCUCUGGGCAGGCCUGGCGCUGGUGCCCAGGAAGCUCUGCGCCCACUACGCCUGGGACGCCGGCGUGCUGCUCCAGCCGUGGCCGGCCGUGGACCCGCAGUUCCUGCAGCAGCCCGACGUGGUGCAGAUGGCCGUCCUGAUCAACAACAAAGCCUGCGGCCAAGUCCCUGUGCCCCAGCAAGUGGCCCGGGACCAGGACAAAGUCCACGAGCUUGUUCUCCAAAGCGAGCUGGGUGCCAGGCUCCUGCAGGGGCGAAGCAUCAAGAAGGCCUUCCUCUCCCCCAGGACGGCCCUCAUCAACUUCCUGGUGCAGGAGUGACCUCGCCCAGGCCUGGGCAGGUGCUCUGCCAGCAGUGUGCCCCUGGGCGUGGCCUGGCGCAGGAGAAACGCACGAGGGGGAGGAGGGCAGCUGUCCCCUCCACCCCCAUCACACGGUGGAGGAAGCCAUCUGACCCCACUGGAAGCCACCAGAGACGCUGCUGGUGGGAGCAGGAAGGAGUGAGCCUGAGCACCUUGCCCCCCGAGCAGCUGGUGCUCCUGGACCCCUGAGAUUGCUCUCCUGACGCACACCCCAGGAACUGGAGGGCAAGCUGAGCACCCACACGAGGCUCUGGACAGGCACCUCGAAUGGGUAGCAGAGCCUGGACAUCGUGGUGGGCGGGACCCUUGCCUUCUGGCCAGACGGGAAGCCGUCUGGGUCACUACAGACACCCAGUGUGUGGAAUGGACAGGAGCCCUCAGGCGUCGCUCUGAGCCAAAGGCAGCAGUUCCAGGCCUCUGCCAGCGUCCCCACUGCUCCUCAGCUCCGCCCGGCCCGCGGGAGGCCCAGCGGGAGGCCCAGCGAGGUGCCCCCUGGCCUGCUCCCCUCGGCCAGCACCACUCCUGCCCUGUGAGGAGCUGCACUGCAGACCACUCCCUCGGGGAGGAAGUUCGCCGUGUAGGGAGGCCGAACUGAGCCGCUUCCAGUCUCGGAUGGAACCAAUCUCGGAGCCCCCCACAGGGAGCCCGCGCAGAUGGGCCCCAGAUGGCCAUGCAGCGCCCCAGAGCCGGCCACCAGGGAGAGAGAGCGAGCUCCCCGCGGAGGAGCGCACGGGUGCCACCGGGCUCCCCCGUUCGAGCCACAGCAGCCUGGCCGCCAGGCGAUGGCCAGGAACGGACCUGUGUCAUGGACCCGUUCGGGUAAUCCCGGCUUUUCGUGCGGCCAGCAGUGCGGUGCUCCUACCAGAACUGGCCGGAGCCCCUGACGAAUGUUUGAUGGGGAGGGGGGAGAAUCGAGCCGUUGGUGAUGCUGAAAAUCCGCUUGUUCCCGGCGGCCACCCUCCCGAAGCAGCCUCGGCUGCGGCCCCCUGCAGCCCAGC